UUCAUUUCACGUAAAAUUAAUUAUUAAAAAUGUUUUCAGUGCCAUGGAUACUGGCACUGCUGUUUAUUGUGGUUAAUUCCGAAGAUAUUUCUACUUCAAGUUCCGUUAAUUUACAUGAUCAUUCAACUAAUCUGUCAACGCCUAUUAUUGAAGUACUCUGUUUCAUCGACUUCGAUACAUACAAGCUACAUGCUGGUGAGACAACUGGUGAAAAAGCAGUUACAGAAGUUGAAAAUUACUUUUUACCAUUUUGGAAAAAUGUUGAUCAUUAUUUUUCACUUCUCAAUAUUCGUAUAAGCCUCAAAGGAAUAAUAAUUGCACGUACAAGAGAAGAAGAAAAUGUUUUUUUAAAUAGUCAAAAAAAUCGAUUAUUUGCGGAUGCAUUUUGUUCUCUUGACACACUUAUCGAUCUUGGUAAAUAUAUUUAUUCCUCCACCGAGAAUCUUCCUAUUCAUGAUAUUACCAUCGUUAUCACUCAAUCUGUAUUAUGCAAAGAAAAAAAAUUAGUAUCAGAAAAAAAUUCAACCGAAAGUCUAAUACAAAAUUCAUGUCACGUUGAUGGUAAUGUUGCAACUCAUUUAAAUGGGGUGUGCUCUGAAUCAUCUUCAAUUGCCAUAAUCAGAGAUACAAAUAAAAUGUACACAGGAGUUAGAAGCGCAGUCUUUGCAAUUGGUCAAUUAUUGGGUUUUCCAAAAGACGGUGAAAAUAAUGCCGAAGAAUGUGAAUCUAAAGAUGGAUAUUUUAUGUCUGAUAAUAUUAAUUUCGAUUCUCCUUACAAAUUUGAAUGGUCCAAUUGUAGCAUACGAGAAUUUCAAAAGAUUUUAAGAUCUGUAAGAACAUCAGACACAUGGCUUUGUCUUUUCGAUGAAUCACAUGAGGAAGAAAUUGAUUUUUUAAAAGCUCCAUUCCCGGGAGAGAUUUUAUCAUUGGAUGAUUAUUGUAAAAAAAUGACCGAGUACAAAGCAUGUAAUUAUGAUGAUGUUUGUGCAUCAUUGACGUGUUCAUCUGGAGAAUAUUGUGGACAAACAAUUAAGGGGCCAGCUAUCGAAGGCUCAUGGUGUGGAAGCAACGAUACAGCAACCAUGCGAUGUAAAUAUGGAAAAUGCGUUUUUUUUUUUGAUCGUAAAUUUGAUGAAUACGAUGCAAUAGACGGCAUGAUUCAAUUUUUGAAAAUUAAUAAAUAAAAAAAUUAUUAAA